CGAAAUUCAAAAUGGCGUAGUAAAUCGAUAAGGCAACUACUACAAAAUGUUUCAUAAAAUAAGAUCUUUCAUCCAUGAGGCAGUUGAAGCUCUCGCUCCUGACGUUCCUCCUCAAGAAACCUUUGUUUUCCACUGGAAGGCCAUCACAAAUUAUUUCAUAGAAGCCACAGAUGAGAAGGUUCCAGUGCAAUCCACAAAUAUUCCAUAUCAUUUGGAACAAAUGUUAGAUAUUCUUAAGCAUGAGGAAGAUGACCCGUCCAGUGGAGGAACUACGGGUCCUUGUCUGGAAUAUCUUUUGCAGCAUAAAAUAUUGGACACUCUCCACACUCUUGGCAGAGCAGAUUGUCCUCCUGGGAUGAAACAAAAAGUAUUGCUGUUUUUUGCAAACCUGCUGGCCAAGAUGAAACAACCUCUUCUACCACAUAUAAAUGUUUAUCGUCCAGUUCAUAGACUAAUCAGACUCUGCGGUGAGGUGAAAGCUGCUCCUUCUGAAAAUGAAGAAAUCCAUUUCUUAUGUGUUGUAUGUGCAAAGUUACGACAAGAUCCAUACUUAGUGAACUUCUUUCUUGAGACAAACUCUACUCCUACACCUUUUUUGUCUUCCCAUGCUGGUGAGCCGGCACUAGCUUCUUCUCCAGCAUCAACAGCAGACUUAGAUUCCAUGUCUGGUCCAGUGAAGGCCCAAGGACGUGAUAAACCAGAUUAUACACUGGUUAAUUCUCUACUUAACUUGUCAAAGAGUGAGGAUAGUAGAAUAGCAGUGAAAGCUUGUGAGGGAUUAAUGCUGUGUGCCUCCCUUCCUGAGGAUCAUGCAGCUACUGUAAUUAUCCUGUACACUCCAUUCUGUGAAGUUAUGGCAGACAGACUAAAAGUAUUAUUUGAUGCCUUGCCAAAAAAUAUAGAGCCACUGGAUAUUUCUGCUGUUGCUGCCAAAUGGGGGCUUGACCAUCAGAGUGAUGACGAGGAUGUUUCAUCAUUCCCUGGCAAGAGACGGUUGAUCUCAUUUUUUUCUUGGUUGGAUUAUGUGGAUCAGCUUUCCAAAGAGGCACACAAGCUUGUGGCCAAAGCUUUAGCAGUAGGUGUGAGAGAACGUUUUCUACAGACAGUUAUUGAGCCAGGUCUCAUUCAACAAUCAGAGCUUGGUAUUAUCACUACAACAGCUGUGUUGAGGAGAUGUGUGAAAGCUCUCACUUCACCUCAACUCCUACGAGAAAUGUGUAUAUUUCUACUUGGAGAGGAAACAACACCAGAAACUGCAUUUCAAGCUGGAGAUCAUAAAUUACGGCAGACACUUAUUGAAAGAUGUGAUCACUUAUCUGAUGAGGUCAGUAUAGAAACACUAAAAUUGUUUGAGACAUUACUCGACAAACCCUGUGAUAUGAUUCUAGACAAUCUUGUACUCCGAAACCUGAAAACCAGAAAGUAUUAUGCUGCGCCUACAGUUACCAAUGGUGAUACAACAAUUCACACACCAGUGGUAGAGAGCCAAGCAGAAAUUUCACCAGCUACAACUCCUGUUAAAAAACCUCCACCAUCACCAACAUCACCUUCCACCCCUCCACUCACUCCAGAUGGGUUAGGACCAGGACAGAUUGGUAAUGAUAUUGACAGAGAAGAAGUGGAACAAGUUGUAAAUAGUUUUAUUUCCCUAGUUCCUGAUGAAAUAAAAACAUCAGCACUAAUUGGUGAUGCAGGCUAUGACACAUACUUGAGAGAUGCCCACAGACAGUGUAAUCAGCGUGCUUUACAGACAGGUGCAUUUGGCUGGCCCUCAACUCCAGUGCCCCCUCAUGAUGUGGAAGACAGCAGAGAGAACUUUUACGAAGGGGCAUUCUUGAGUAUGCUCUUCAAGAAACUACAGAGACUGUUAGAUCAGCCAUAUGACGUGAACCUCCAGGUUACAAGUGUAAUAGCAUUGUUAUCACAGUUCAAUCAUCCUCAACUACAAGAAUUCCUACUGAAUGCUUCCCUGCCUCUGUCACCAAACUGCCACUCUCUUCAUUCAACUCUUCAAAAUGUUGUUCAAGAUCUGAGAGGCAGAGUACAAAGACUACCCAACUUUCAGAGAAAUGUUGUUGCUAUCAGGAGACAACUGAUGGGCCUUGCCACAUCACCUGAGCAUAAGAGUCUCAGUGAAAGCAACCUCCUUGAAGCUGCAAUAGUACUAGAGGAAUUUUGCAAGGAAUUAGCGGCAAUUGCAUUUGUUAAAGCAACAGAGAGGGUACAAGGCCGAUGACAGGAUGACUAGUUGAUUGCAUGAACACAGUAACUUGUGUAUAUCAAUAAAUAUAGAUCUAGAUAAUAUAUUUGUGGCUUUAUUGUUUGGUUCCCUUUUAAUGGAAAGAUAUGGGACCAACCCCAUGAAUUUGGGGAUUUAUAAAGUUACAGGAUGUGUUCAGGGGGGGGGGGGUUUACUUUGUACUGGCUUUUUUUGCAAACUUAGGUAACCAAGAGAGGAAUCACCUUGAAUUUAUUAGAGUCUACACAUAAUUUCAAAUGAGUUGUAUUCAUUUCAGUAAUAGUUACUGAAGUAUGUUUGAAGUGUGUGUAUACCCCAGGGCUGUUGGAUUUAGUCUCUGCUGUUUCUGUGGGUGUGAUCUUAACAGUAGUUGUAAAGGGAUUAUUUGUCUUAUUCAAAUUGAUCAUCAAACAUUUAUCAUGUCUUUUUGGUGGUUGUCUAUGCAACCUGCAGAGAGUGAUAAAUUAAGACACAUUGUAUAUGCACCAAAAUGAUUAAUUUUCAAGUCAUUUAGAAGGUUCAAAUUGGCUUGAAAAGAGAUAUUGAAUUCCAGAAAUGUUAUACAACAUCAAAUUUUGUACAUUGGUUUCAAAUAGUGAAAAUUAUUUCUGUACUUGGUUGAAACAUUCUUGUUGUGGGGAUUAACCAGAUACCAGUAAUAUAUUUUGCAUAAUGUGGUGUAGGUGAUCCAUAAUUACAAACAAUGCGAUGAUUCCUUAACACUUGGAUGAGGCUAAAAAGAAAUAAAAUGGUAGCUAAUAGUAAUUGGGAGUUGUCUACUUUACAAGGAUUUUCUGGAAAUGGAAAAAGAUGAUGGUAAAUUUUAAGUUGUUGAGGAACUAAGUAGCAGUUUUCAAAGAAUCCUCUCUUCAGUAUACUUAGGAAGUCUAAAGGGAGAUAUAAAUUAUAAUAACACUGCACACUUGUCAUCAAACUUUAUCCUACAUUCUUAAUUUUAAGUUUGGUUUUAUUCUCUUAAAGGUGAAAAAGUUGAAAUAUUUAAUAAUAGUAUUAUUAAAAAGAUUA